CAUCGAAGUUUUUUCCGAUUAAUUAGUCCCUAAAAUCUAUCGCUCUCUCUUUUCUCUCUCUGGUUUUUGCUCUUUCAAGGACAAAAAGAUCUCGUGCUUCAUUUGGUUGGCAAGGAUAGUAAUAAAAUCAGAUGAUUUGAUGUUUCCAGAUUGCUUGAUGAAAUUUUGAAGGUUAUAUACAAAGGCUUAAAUUUAGUUCUGCACUCUAGAGCCUGAAAUAACAUAAGGGCUAAGCACUGGAGAGGUACUUGGAUUCCAGCCACCAGGGGAUUGUGCCUCCAAUGGCGCCUUCUCGUGUGGCUGGAGGGAUGGCACAUUCUUCUUCAAGUUCUGGUAUCUUUUUCCAAGGAGAUGGGCAGUCUCAAGUUGCGGGAAAUUCUCACUUGACUUCAUCUUUUGGGAAUUCAUCAAAUUCACUACCUGGAAAUGCACGGUCAAGCUUGGGUCCUCUUUCUGGGGAUGUCAGUAAUACAGUUUUGAAUAGUGUAGCAAGCUCAGGUCCUAGUGUUGGGGCAAGUUCAUUGGUUACGGAUGCCAAUUCAGGACUUUCAGGGGGUCCCAAUCUUCAGAGAAGUGCCAGCAUUAAUACGGAGUCCUACAUGCGGCUGCCUGCAUCACCAUUGUCAUUUUCUUCUAAUAACAUAAGUGUGUCUGGUUCAUCAGUCAUGGAUGGAUCCUCAGUGGCUCAGCAAAGCUCUAACCAAGAUCCCAACUCUCAACAACCUCAACAUAAUCAGCAGCGUCACGGAACUUCUAGUGCCACCUCUUUGCCAACAUCUCGAGUUGGGCAGGUUCAGCUGGGUAGCGGUCAAGGCCUUAGGGUUCCAGGAUCAUUCAUCCAGGAUCCAGCUGCUUUGUCACAGAUGCAAAAGAAACCGCGGCUAGACAUCAAGCAAGAUGAUGUUAUGCAGCAGCAAGUUCUGCAACAGUUGUUGCAAAGACAAGAUCCUGUGCACAUGCAGAACCCCAGUCCUCAGUUACAAGCCUUGGUUCAGCAGCAGAGGCUGAGGCAACAGCAGCAACAGCAGCAUCAGUUGUUGCAGUAUCUUCCACCAUUGCAGAGAGCGCAGUUACUGCAGCAACAGCAGCAACUGCAGCUAAGGCAACAAAUGCAACAACAAAGUGUGCAGCCUGUAUCAGGAAUGAAGCGUCCCUCUGAUGGUGUCUUGUGUUCUAGACGGUUAAUGCAAUACUUAUAUCAUCAGCGGCAACGACCUUCUGAUAACUCCAUUGCUUACUGGAGAAAGUUUGUCUCUGAGUAUUAUUCCCCACGGGCAAAGAAGAGAUGGUGCUUGUCAUUAUACGAGAAUGUUGGGCAUCAUUCACUUGGCGUGUUUCCACAGUCAACUAUGGAUGCAUGGCAUUGUGAUAUUUGUGGCUCAAAAUCAGGCAGAGGAUUUGAGGCAACUUUCGAAGUUCUUCCCAGGCUGAAUGAAAUCAAAUUUAGCAGUGGUGUCAUCGAUGAACUCUUGUUUUUGGAUUUUCCGCGCGAAUGCAGAUUCCCCUCAGGGUUAAUGAUGCUGGAAUAUGCAAAAGCAGUUCAGGAAAGUGUAUAUGAACAACUUCGUGUGGUUCGGGAAGGUCGACUCCGAAUCAUUUUUACCUCUGAUUUGAAGAUAUUGUCGUGGGAAUUUUGUGCUCGGCGUCAUGAAGAGCUUCUUCCGAGGAGAUUAGUUGCACCACAGGUAAAUCAAUUGCUGCAGGUUGCUCAGAAAUGCCAAAGUACAUUAACAGAAACUGGACCUGAUGGAGUUUCUCAGGAGGAUUUACAAGCAAACAGCAACAUGGUCGUCACGACUGGACGUCAACUUGCCAAGAGUUUGGAGUUACAGUCACUUAAUGAUUUGGGAUUUUCCAAAAGAUAUGUGAGAUGCUUACAGAUCGCUGAGGUCGUGAAUAGCAUGAAGGAUUUGAUGGAUUUUUGCAGUGAGCAUAAAGCUGGUUCCAUUGAGGGCUUAAAGAGUUUCCCGCGACAUGAUAACACAGCCAAAUUUCAGAUGCAAAAUAUCCAGGAAACAGAGCAGCAGGUGGGUAAUAUUCAGGGUCUGCCAACCGAUCGCAGUGCGUUGAACAAGCUUAUGGCACUGCACCCUGGGCUUAAUAACCAAAUCAGCAAUAACCAGCACAUGGGUGGUCGGGGAGCUUUAAGUGGCUCUGGACAAGCUGCUCUUUCGCUGUCAAACUUCCAAAAUUCGCUUAUGCGGCAAAAUUCAAUGAAUUCAAAUACAAAUCCAACCCAACAAGAUGCGUCUUCUUCUUUCAAUAAUUCAAACCACUCUCAAUCUUCACUGUUGCAAGGGCCCAAUGGUAUGCUGCCAGGGACAGUGCAGAACUUACCUGUCAGUGGGUUGUCAAGUACCAAUCUGCAGCAACAACAGCAGCAAUUACUGAGUAGCGGUUUGCUCUCGCAAAAUCAAUCUCAAUCCUCGCAAGGAAGCCAGGCCCUGCAGCAGCAAAUGAUCCAGCAGCUCCUCCAGGAUAUGAACACCAACAACGGUGUGUCUGGAGUUCAACAGCAGUGCCUUUCUGGACAGAGUGGAGGUGGUAGUGCUUCGAGGGAAGGGCUUGCAUUUGGCAACAAUGGGUCUGGAGUUCAACAGCAGUGCCUUUCAGGACAGAGUGGUAGUGCUUCGAGGGAAGGGCUUGCAUUUGGCAACAAUGGUUCUAUAGCUGCUGCAACAUCUUCACAUGGGCCGGGGAGCAGUUUAGGACCCACACCGGGUAGAAUCUACAGUUUUAAAUCUGCAUCCAACUGUGAACCCUCUGCAUUGGCUGGCAACAGUGGUUUCAGUAAAAAAACUCCAGAUUUACCCCGAAGUUACAGUUUCAAAUCAGCAUCCAACUGUGAACCCUCUUCAUCGGCUGGCAACAGUGGUUUCAGUCGAAAAGGUCCAGAUUUGCCCCCAAGUAUGCAUGUGUCAGAUGAUGAUAUUCUUACCCCUGAGAUGGUACAAGAAUUUGCUGAAAAUGGUUUUCUUAGCAGUGAUAUUGACAACAAUAUGAGUUAUCCUGGAUGGAAGGGUUGACUUGCUUGCUCCUUGGGGGGGUUUUGGGGGUUGAUGAGAGAUAAAAGUACUGCUAAUAUACCUUUGUACAGGUUGCUUGUGUUAGAUUUUUGUUUCCUUGUGAUUCUCCCCUAUUUUCUAGUUUGAGGCUGUUGUGGUGUUAAUCACUUGCACUCUUUAGGUAUUCAGCCCUUGUUUCUUUGCUUGUUUACACCUUGAAAGUCAUGCACAAGUGUAAUCUAUGGAAAAUGUACUGGACAACAACAUUAUCAACUGCUUACUGAUCUUCUGUUCA